GCAAGGUGGGAGACAAGGAGAGGACCCCGGUCCAGCCCCUGCCGGCACCAUGAGUGACACGGACAGCUCGGCCCUCCAGCUGGUGGGCAUGUUCGCGCGCCGCGCCGCCGCUAUCAUCGGCGUGUACGCUGUCGGCUACUUGGGCUUUUCGCCAGCCUGGCUGGUAGGUGGCGUCAUCCUGUCGGUGAUGAGAGAGAAGUGGCGGCGCGAGAAGGCCACCAGCCGCGAGCUGAACCGCGCCAUGGCGCUCAGCAGCGAGCACCUGGCGCUGGCCAAACUGCAGGACCUGCCAUCCUGGGUGCAUUUCCCAGAUGUGGAGCGGGCCGAAUGGCUCAACAAGAUGCUGAAGCAGAUGUGGCCAUUUGUGGGCGACUAUGUGAAGGAUCUGCUGAAGACACAGUGGGAAGAGAGCCUGCGCAACACCAUGGCCGGCUACAAACUCAACAACUUCAAAUUCGAUAAAAUAUUCCUUGGUGAUAUAGCGCCGCGGGUCGGUGGCGUCAAGGUGUACACGGACAACAUUCAGCGCUCGGAGAUCAUCAUGGACGUGGAGAUCUUCUACGCUGGCGACUGCAGGAUCGAGUGCAGCUUCAGCAGGAUGUCGGCCGGCAUCAAGGACUUCACGCUGCACGGCGUGAUGCGUAUCGUCUACAAGCCACUCAUCAAGACGAUGCCGCUCAUCGGCGGCAUGCAGGUGUUCUUCCUCAACAACCCGGACAUCGACUUCAACAUGCUCGGCGUGGCAGACGUGCUCGACAUGCCCGGCCUCAGCGGAAUCAUCCGUAACGUCAUUCUGGACACGAUCGGCUCGAUGAUGGUGCUUCCCAACAAGUGGCCGAUCGUGCUGUCCGACCAGAUCCCCACCAAGCUGGUGACCGCCUCGCAGCCCAAGGGUGUGCUGCGCGUCCGCCUGAUCGAGGGCCGAGAUCUGAUGAAGAAGGACCGGAACGUGUUCGGUCAGGGCCGCUCCGACCCGUACGCGCUCAUCUACAUCGGCUCCAAGCAGUUCAAGACAAAGUACAUCCAAGACACCGUGGAUCCUGUCUGGAACUACGUCUGCGAGGUCUCUCUGAUGCGGCCCGACGGCCUGCGGGCCCGCAUCGACCUCUGGGACUGGGACGCCAGUAGUCUGGACAAGGACGAUUUCCUGGGCAGAUGUAGCCUGGACGUAGCUGAGGUAGUGGCCGCUGGCUCCCAAGAUAUCUGGGUGCCUCUGGAGCAGGCUCGCAGUGGUCGGAUCCACCUGAAACUGGACUGGUUGAAUCUCUCCACUGACGUGGCCAACAUCAAAGAGCAACUGAAUGAGAUCGAGGAUCUGUCGGCGUUCGACCACUCCGGUCUGCACUCGGCAGUGCUCACCGUCUUCAUCGACUCGGCCACCAAACUGCCGAUGGCGUCUCGGGCGGCGGCCGAGCCCAGUCCUCUGGUGCGGCUGGCUCUGGGUAACACCAAGGAGGCCACCGGCUGCAAGUACCGCACGCUGGACCCAGUCUGGGAGGAGGGCUUCAGCUUCCCCGUCUCCAACCCGCUCACACAGUCGCUGACCCUGGAGAUCGUGGACAGCACCACGGACCGCCGUCUGGGACAUCUACAGCUCGAGGUCAAGGACCUGCUGCGGGAGCAAGACCUGCAGGUGCACGAGACGCCCUACCAGCUGAAGGACUCGGGACCCGUCUCCAAGAUCAUCCUGUCGGCUCAGCUCAGGAUUCUGACCCACGACAAGGUGGCGGCCAAGACCGACCCGGAUGCCAGCCUGCCGUCAGCCGUGAAGGAGACGCCCCUGGCACCGGCGUCCACCACCACGGCAGGUGGUGGAGGAGACGUGUCGCCACCGGACAGCCGCCCGCCGGCCGACCGUCCGGAGCAGGCGACCGGCGGAGAACACCGACCCGAGCCCGUGCCGGCUGAGACCCGUGAGGAGGUUGAGACGCUGAUCCAGGGUCUCUCCACCGAGGCCGGACUGCGGCAGCGGAAACCCGAAAAUCCCGCUGGUAAAUACCGCCUGGGCCGCGUGGAGAUGACGCUACGCUACAGUGAGACGCGCAGCGCUCUCAUCAUCGUCGUCCACAAGAUAUCGAGCCUGCCGAUGCAGGGCUCGGACAUCCCGGACCCGUAUGUCAAGACCUACCUGCUGCCGGACAGAUCCGAGGACAACAAGCGGAAGACGCGGAUGAUCAAGGACCAGUGCGACCCCGUGUACGACGAGACGCUCGAGUACAGCGGCCUGCUCAACGAGCUGCGCAUCCGUCGACUCGAGGUGCAGGUCGUCAGCAAGAAGACGUUCGCCCGCAAUCCCAUCCUCGGAAUGAUGCACAUUGACAUGCGCGAGCUGGACCUGGAGAACGGCGUGACCCGCUGGUUCGACAUGGAGCCCGAGGACCGUUUCGACUCGUAAAUGGACCGGCGCGCGGCGCUCCACGUGACUCGGUGGCGGGCAGCGUUGCCUCUCCCCCUCUCUCUCUCUCUUCCUCCUCCCCUCUCUACCCACCGUUAGCUGCUGCUCGCCCAGUGCCGGCCCGUGCCGCCGGGGUUGUUACACUCCUCACUCCUCAGUCUACAGCCGCUAAUAGUGAGCUUGCGUGCGAGUGCAUCCUUAUCUCUGCUGGGGUCUCUCAAGCUGCUCAGUUUAGUCAGUGUUUUGCGGCCGGAUGGGUCACCUGGCCGCCAGGGAUUGGAGGGUUUCCCAGCUAUUUUAGCCGGGUGUUGUACUUACCCGUCCGCCGAAACUAUGUAGAAGCGGUGGCGGAGCUGUGAGCAUUGUGUGUGUUUGGAGUAGGAUUGGGCCGCUGCUGUGUGCCGUGGCACGGGCUAUAUACCAGAGAGAUACAUGACCGCUUUCGGUGACGGACGGGUUCGGGGGCGGUCAGCCGCCGCCGGCCGGCCGGCCGGUCGUUUGUCGAGGCAGUCGAACCCGGUCGAACUGAGAGGACUGUGUGUGAUGCUACGACUCCGGUCGUGGUACUGGAUGACUCCGGAGUCGACUCCGUCCGAUACCCUGUCCCGCUACAGUGACUACUAAUGCAAAGGACCGCCAUAUAUAGGUAGGCAUUUUACCUCUCAGGCUAUCGCACGGUUUCAGCGCUUGAUGCUGAAAACUGACGCCGCUAUUGGAGGUUCGGCUGUUAUUGAACCAAAAGUUUGACAGUUAAUGGUUUAUGUGCUGUGCUGUUGGAGGUUAAUGGUGUGUGUUAAUAUGGUGCAAUUAUCCGCUAUCUUCUCUAGUGCCUGACGCCAACUCUGUGGUCAAUAAUACAUGCUUGAUAUAUU